AUGAACGAAGAUGAUACGACGAGUAGUUCUCGUAUUUUCGUUAAGAUUAUGUUUAAGGAUAUCAGCGAGGUCUUGGGUCUCAAAAGCUUAGCUGAACGCUUCAAGGAUCCCUCAAUGCAAGUCUGGUAUGGAGGCUUAUUCCCUAUUGAUAAUCCCAGGAACACUAGGUUCUCAACAACUAUUGUUGUUACCAGUAUCGGUCUUGGAGUCUUGACUGAGGAAAUGCGCGAACAUCUCAAACGAGCCCCACAAUUAAUCAUGGCUAAGCGAUGGGAAUUAGAUGAAGCAGAAGCAUCAUCAGAUGAUGAUGUUUCGAGCUCGGACAUUUUGUCGAUGCCGGCAAGGCUUCGAAGAGAGAUGGGCUUUCUCAUGACCAGUUGGCAUGAGAUCAGAAGAGGAAGACAGUUUUCUAGUGGUAUUGGUAGGAGAGGAAGAGGAGGAAGGGUCGAGCGCGCCAAGGUCGGAAUGACGAGACCAAGGCGAAUCCGCAGACCACGGCCUUCCGCCUCUUCGACUGCCCCUUCGAUUUGGAUCGACCAUCGGCUGCUCGACCAAAGAGCUCGCCCGUCGAAGUCCCUGUCUCUCCGUCAGAUGAAGGUCGUCGGAUUCGGAGGCCAGAUCAUCGACGAUUCGGGCAAUCGCAUUCUGCGGUUUACUGACCGCCUUCUCGGCCAAUGA